AUGAAUGCUCGCGGUGGUCGUGGUGCUCAACCUCCACCUGAAGACACAUCUAGUCCAUAUUUCCUACAUCCAAGCGAUAAUCCUGGUGUUAUUUUUGUUCCACGGCAGCUCAUUGGCUCCAAUUACACUACUUGGAGUCGAUCGUUCACAAUUGCUCUACUUGCUAAGAACAAGUUAGUCUUUGUGGAUGGAUCUAUUCCCUGGCCUAACCGAGAGGAUCUACUCUAUCAACCUUGGAUUAGCUGCAAUAGCAUGGCCAUAGCUUGGCUGAGAAACUCGGUUUCUUCUCAAAUAUGCUCAAGCAUCAUGUACCUGGAUGAUGCCUAUGAGAUUUGGUCAGAUCUUAAGGAGCGUUUCUCUAUUGGAGAUUCAGCUCGAUUGUAUCAAUUGAGGCAGCAACUCGUGUCUCUCUCACAAGGAAAUUCUGAUGUUAGCAGUUAUUUCACAAAUUUGAGGAUCGUUUGGGAUGAAUUCAAAAAUUCUCAGCCAAUCUCGUGGUGUACUUGUGCUAGAUGCACUUGUCACAGUGCUGCGCGUUGGCAUCAACACCAGGAAAAUGACUGCACCAUGCAGAUUUUAAUUAGUUUGAAUCCUGAAUUUUCACAGAGUAGAUCUCACAUUUUGUCUAUAACUCCUUUGCCUUCACUUUCAAAGGUGUUUGCCUUGGUGAUUCAAGAGGAGAGGCAGCGACAUAUUGAAGGAAAUCAAUCCACACCUCCAGUUCCUAGUGAGCAACCGUUUGCAAAUGCUACUUCAAACUAUGGCAGGUGUUUGAGCAAUUUCCUAUGCACUCACUGUGGAAGAACAAACCACGGUGUGGAUAGAUGCUUUUAUUUGCAUGAUUUUCCCCCUGGUUUUGGCCGAGAGAAGAACAAACCAUCAAAUGCAACUGGAUCUGGUGGAUCUGGAUUUUCUGGUGGUAGAUCUGAAUUUCAAAACCACAACAACACAGAUCAGUGA